AUGGAGAUGACUAUCGCCACCGUAAAUCAAGUACAUUUUGCCCCUUACACGAGGCCAUUAGCCACCAAUUUCACUGCUGGUUCUGUUUCAGCUCUCGGUUUUGCUAUGCCUGCCGGUACUAAAUCUCAAGCUCUCACACGCUCCAAACGCGGCCGACGUUUUAUCUCGCUUGCCUCAGUUGCGCCGUUCGAGGAGAAGACCGUAACAAAGACUGCUGUCAUCAGAAUUGGCACCAGGGGAAGCCCACUUGCCCUUGCACAAGCUUAUGAAACCCGAGACAAACUGAUAAAUUCGCAUCCCGAGCUAGCUGAGGAUGGGGCUAUCCAAAUUGUGAUCAUUAAGACGACUGGCGACAAAAUAUUGAGUCAGCCGCUGGCAGAUAUUGGUGGGAAAGGCCUAUUCACCAAGGAAAUAGACGAGGCUCUUAUUAAUAGUGAUAUCGAUAUAGCUGUCCACUCCAUGAAAGAUGUCCCCACGUAUCUCCCUGAAAAGACGAUACUGCCCUGCAACCUCCCUCGGGAGGAUGUUCGCGAUGCUUUCAUCUGCCUGAGUGCCAACUCUCUAGCGGAGCUGCCGGCAGGAAGUGUUGUUGGCACGGCUUCACUGAGAAGGAAGUCGCAGCUUCUGAAUAGAUAUCCAUCCCUAAAGGUGCUGGAGAAUUUUAGAGGUAAUGUACAGACAAGGCUAAGAAAGCUGGAUGAGGGGGUGGUCCAGGCAACACUACUUGCACUAGCAGGUCUGAAGCGCCUAAACAUGACAGAAAAUGUGACUUCAAUACUAUCCAUCGACGACAUGCUUCCUGCUGUGGCCCAAGGGGCAAUCGGGAUUGCGUGCAGAAGUGAUGAUGAAAAAAUGGCUACUUACCUGUCGUCCUUGAACCAUGAGGAUACAAGAUUAGCAAUCGCGUGUGAAAGGGCAUUUCUGGAGAAAUUGGAAGGAUCUUGUCGGACACCGAUAGCUGGGUAUGCCCGUCGAGAUGAGGACGGUAAUUGUGUUUUUAAAGCACUUGUGGCAUCCCCUGAUGGCACCCGAGUACUUCAAACCUCGCGAAGGGGCACGUAUACUUAUGAAGAUAUGAUAAGGAUGGGUGUGGAUGCUGGUGAGGAACUUCUGUCACAAGCAGGUCCUGGUUUCUUUGACCGAUGA